GCGCUGAUGGGAAAUGUAGUUCCAAGUAAGCUAAACCCAAACUGUGCUAACUUACAGCUCUGUAGUUAGUCUGGUUUUAACGCUAUAAAUCAUAACAAAUGAAGAGCGAAACGUCUACACAAAGGGAAAUUCUACUUUAUGGUCCGUGCUUGGCCGUGCAAUCUACGAACGAGAAACCAACUUCAGGUUCAUCUAAAUGCUUCCCGUCCGCUGCAGCAGGCGGGUCUGUUAUGCAGUCCAGUGUGUGACUAUGACCUCUCCUUAUUUCAUCCCGAGCAUGUCUGUUAUCAGUCGGAGUGGUGAUCGAAGUGUUGGCUGCGCAGCUUCAGCCUCUCUCAGCUCCAAACUUACCAACACACGGAGGAAUGUGAAUCCAGUUUCCUCUGUGGCGGUGAAGGAGGAGGAGGAGGAGGCGAGGAUCGCUGAGCAAAGACCCUCCUCGGCCCCCUCAUCAACGGGUGGUUGCCAUCCAAAAACAGAAACAGACACUUUACCGUUGUCUUCACACAGUCGCAGGAGGAGACGGCUAAAAGUGGAAUAUGACACGGAUGAAGGCAUUACACCAGUGAAGACAGAACACUGGGAACCUCCCGACUGGAAGAAACAAUUGGGAUACAUUCGUGAGAUGAGGAGCGGCCGUGAUGCACCUGUAGAUAACAUGGGAGCAGAGAAGUGCUAUGACACAGAGGCUCCUGCACACGUGAGACGUUUCCAGGUGUUGGUGUCACUCAUGCUGUCCAGUCAGACCAAGGACCAGGUGACAGCAGCAGCCAUGCAGAAGCUCAGAGCUCAUGGCUGCUCUGUAGAAAAUAUACUCGCUACUGAUGACGACACACUGGGAAAACUCAUCUAUCCUGUCGGCUUCUGGAGGACUAAGGUGAAGUAUCUGAAGCUGACAUCGGCCAUGCUGCAGAAAGAGUUCGGAGGAGACAUCCCAGACAGCGUGGAGGGGCUGGUCCACCUGCCAGGAGUUGGACCCAAGAUGGCUCACUUGGCUAUGGGCAUCGCUUGGGACCAGGUGUCUGGCAUUGGCGUGGACACACAUGUUCAUCGCAUCUCUAAUCGACUGGGCUGGCUCAAGAAACCCACCAAGAGCCCAGAGGAAACACGCAAGGCCCUGGAGGAGUGGUUACCCAGGGAGCUGUGGAGUGAGAUCAACUGGCUGCUCGUUGGUUUCGGACAGCAGGUUUGUCUCCCCGUCAACCCUCUCUGCUCUGUGUGUCUGAACCAGCACAGCUGUCCAUCCGCCCACAAGAUUUCUCCUACUAAGAGGCCUAAAGCUGGAUCCCCUCGGUCUCCAACCUCCUCCCUCACAACAAAAACCGAACCUGAGCAACAAUCUGCUGUUAAACACGAGAGGACAAAGACGGAGCCACUGCCCACACCUGUUUCCCCCACCGCACAGAGACGGAGAUUAAAAAGCAAGGUUAAUCAUUGAUGUAGUUUUUGUCUGAGCUGCGACCAAAUGUUGGAUAAGGACAAAUGUUAUUGUGCACACACUGAAAACAUACCUCAAAGCUACACUUUGAUGUUAAUAUGGUUCUAGAUAUUGUCAUAAUAGUUUUAUUUGACACUAUAAUGACACCUUUUACACUUUAUAUAAGAUGAAAUAUUUUUGUACUGCUAGUGUUUUCAUAUCAAA